AUGGCGACUAUGGCUGAAUUUAUACAACAGUCUGAGAUAAAUGAUGGAAUACGUUUCUCAUGGAAUGCAUGGCCUAUUUCUCGACUAGAAUCUGCUCAGUCUGUAGUACCUAUUGGAUGCUUAUACACAUUACUCAAAGAACGUUAUGAUUUUCCACCGAUUAAUUAUGAACCAGUAUUCUGUACUCGAUGUCGUGGGAUUCUUAAUCCAUAUUGUCCGUUUGAUAUCAGGAGUCGGACAUGGACGUGUUGCCUAUGCACAAUGCGUAAUAACUUCCCACCUCAAUAUGCUGGAAUGACUGAACAGAAGUUACCUGCAGAAUUGAUGGCUCAGUUUACCACACUAGAAUAUACCAUCCCGAAAGUUCAACCAGUUCCGCCAAUAUUUGUUUUUGUCGUGGACACGUGUAUUGAAGAACCUGAAUUCACUCAAUUGAAGGAAUCCAUCCAGCUGUCGUUGAGUUUUCUACCGCCUCAAGCAUUAGUCGGUUUAAUCACUUUUGGGAAAAUGGUACAUGUUCAUGAAUUAGAAGCAGGACCAAUUGCUAAAUCAUGGGUAUUUAAAGGAACAAAAGAUUACACAGGAAAUCAAAUUCAAGUAAUGCUUGGUGUUGGUCGUAGUUCUUUUGGUAAUGUUGGUCAACCGGCUACAUUCAAUGCUCGUCCUAGUCCAGGUGUUAAAGGUGUCUACGGUGCUGCUGAACAACAAUUUCAACCACCACCUCAAGCACAACCACAAAUGGCUCAGUUACCAUACAAUAGAUUUAUUCAACCUAUGGAAAGAUGUGAUGCUGUAUUAACUGAUCUACUAACUGAACUACAACCUGAUCCAUGGCCUGUACCACAAGGUAAACGUCCACUUCGUUCAGUUGGUACUGCAUUAAGUAUUGUCAUUGGUCUACUAGAAGCUACUUAUCCAAAUACAGGAGCUAGAGUUAUGCUAUUUCUUGGUGGUCCAUGUACUCAAGGUCCUGGUAUGGUUGUAGAUGAUGAUUUAAAGAAUAUUAUACGCUCUCAUCAUGAUAUGGAAAAAGAUAAUUGUAAAUAUAUGCGAAGAGCUAUGAAACAUUAUGAAGGCUUGGCUAAUCGUGCUGCACAGAAUUUUCAUGUUGUCGAUAUAUUCAGUUGUUCACUAGAUCAGACUGGUUUGCAUGAAUUACGGUAUUUAACAAAUUACACCGGUGGUCAUAUGAUUAUGGGAGAUAGUUUUGCAUCAAGCCUGUUUCAACAAACCUAUCGACGUGUAUUUAACAAAGAUGCAUCAGGUUCCUUUUUAAUGGGAUUAGCUGGUCAAAUGGAAGUGAAGACAUCUAAAGAACUCAAAGUCUCUGGUUGUAUUGGACCAUGUUUCUCGGCUAAUGUGAAAACAUCAAAUACAGGCGAACAAGAAAUUGGUAUAGGGCGUACUUCUGUAUGGCGAUUAAAUGGUUUCACACCAUCCACCACAUUAGCUAUCUAUUUUGAAGUGGCCACCUCAUCCAGUGGAAGUGGUGCACAAAUUCCACCAGGUGGUAGGGUUAUGUUCAAUUUGUUACGCAAUAUCAACGAGCUAAUGGUCAACGAAAAUUACGUGUCACAACAGCUUGUCGAAGCCGCCACAGUGUUGACUGCUCGUAUGGCUAUGUUCAGAGCAGAGACAGCGGAUAGUGUUGAUGUACUACGGUGGUUGGAUAGACAAUUGAUUAAAUUAUGUCAUAAAUUUGGUGAUUAUCGUAAAGAUGAUCCAUCAUCAUUUCGAUUACCGGAUGAAUUUUCCUUUUAUCCACAAUUUAUGUUUCAUAUGCGACGUUCACAAUUUCUACAAGUGUUUAAUAAUAGUCCAGAUGAAACAGCUUAUUAUCGUCAUGUUCUAAAUAAAGAAGAUUGUUCAAAUUCCCUACUGAUGAUACAACCAUCGUUGACAUCAUUCAAUUUGGAUGGUAGUGAGGAGCCGGUUUUAUUGGAUUCAAGUAGCUUACAACCAGAACGUGUACUCCUGAUGGAUAGCUUCUUCUUAAUCUUGAUUUACGAAGGUGAUACUAUUGCUAAAUGGAAGAAAGCUGGCUAUCUGGAUAUGCCUGAAUAUGCGCAUAUUAAACAGAUACUGGAUAAACCAAGAUUAGAAGCUCAAGAAUUAUUGAAAGUACGCUUUCCAGUUUCACGAUAUGUUGAAACCGAGUUCGAUGGUAGUCAGGCAAGAUUUUUACUAUCCAAAGUCAAUCCAUCACUUACACAUCAUACAAUGUAUUCAUUUGGACAGUUACAACCAGAUGAUUCGGGUAGUGCUGUACUCACAGAUGAUGUAUCGCUUCAAGGCUUUAUGGAACAUUUGAAAAAAUUGGCAGUCUCUAGUUCUGCAUAA